CAUGCUGGCACUCAUGAACGACCUCAACCUCAAGUUUCAGAAGCGAGAGGUCGAUGUCACAGAGGUGGCAACGGACAUCGACGCGACACUGGGGGAUCUGCGGCACCGCUAUGUCGACUUCGGGGAGAUUUUCGGUGUCGGCGCCGAAAACACCUGGCUCUCGGCGUUCCUCGCGGUGUACGGGCGCGGCGGAACGAAGCGGGUGAAGGUGCGCGGUAUCGACUUGGAGGGGAACCCCGUCACCCAUACGUACAAGAUGCACGAGCGGCACCUCGACAAGCACCAGUACGGGAGCAGCUACAAGGACUGCGUGCAGCUGUGCCAGAAGCACGCCAAGGAUACCAUGACCAACGUACAAGAGCGGAUGCUGGAUCUGCGCAAGAUGUCGCCGACGAAGCUCUGGGUGGCGGCGAAGUGGCCGAGACAACGGGCGCAGCGCGAGAAGAAGACGAGAGAGUAUCUGCUUGGAUGCAGCGGCAUCUUCGAGCACAAGCUGCCAGGCUUCGACGUGAAGGCAGCGGAGAGGGAGCUCGCAACUUGGGCGCCGAUCAUGCAGAAUCAUCACGAGGUGGAGAGUUUCCACCAAGGCCUGGCAAACUACCUCACGAAGACGGACUCGAGCAGGCGCUGGCCCAAUCUGAUGCGCCUCUGGCAGGCCUGCGCCGUGCUGCCUUUGUCAACCGUCGAAUGCGACGACCCUUUCCUGUCCGACGAUGAGGGGGGUGAUGAUGAGAUUACUGUAGAUGUGCCGGAGUUCUAGGUGCCUGUUAGCUAGUGGUGAUUGCUUG